AUGUCACCUCCUGCUGCUCCAGGUUCACCAUACACAUCAAAUCAUAUUUCUUCACCUACUCAACCUUCAUUCUCACAAAUGCCUAAUCAACCUAAACCAAACGACAGCGGUUCACCUCAAUUGGAAACCAGUAAAGAUCAACGUUUGAUCGUUGUCUCUAAUAGGUUACCUGUAACUAUCAGUAAAGAUGAUAAAGGAGAAUAUCAUUUCAAGAUGUCCUCGGGUGGAUUGGUGUCUGCUCUUAGUGGAUGUAAGAAGACCAUGAGUUUCCAAUGGAUUGGUUGGCCAGGUAAAGAUAUCCCAAUGGCAGACAGAGAAAUCGUCAACAAGAGAUUACUUGAUGAAUACAACUGUGUUCCAGUAUAUCUCUCUGAUGAAUUGGCUGACCGACAUUACAACGGUUUCUCCAACUCCAUCUUAUGGCCUUUGUUUCACUACCACCCCGGAGAGAUGAAUUUUGAUGCCGCUCAUUGGUUAGCUUAUCGAGAAGCCAAUAUGAGAUUCGCAGAAGUCGUUUCUCACAUGUGUCAAUCUGGAGAUAUGGUUUGGGUACAAGAUUACCAUUUGAUGUUAUUACCCAUGUUGUUGAGAUCUAUGAUUUCAGGCGAAUCAGCUCAAGGUGAAAUGGUUCGAAAAGAAUUAGGUAGAGUCAAAGAAGGUGUAGACGAUGAAGUUGUCAAAGAUGUUUUGGGCAUGCAACCAGGAGUAGCUACUCCCGUUGACGGAGAAACAGAUGAAGGUGUAGAGAUGUUGGAUGACGUGGAAGAAGAAGGUGGACCUUUGAAAAUGAAAGAAAGAGGUGGUAAAAGACCCCAUUUCCCAAGAGGGUUAUCGACUUUCCAAAAACAAGAGAUGGUAGCUAAAGAAAAAGGUAAAGAUGGUAUCAGAAUUGGUUUCUUCUUACAUACUCCAUUCCCUUCAAGUGAAAUCUAUCGAGUACUUCCCGUUCGAAGAGAAAUUCUACUCGGUGUACUUCAAUGUGAUCUCAUUGGUUUCCACACAUAUGACUACGCUCGACACUUCUUAUCGUCUUGUACCCGAAUCCUCGGCUUGCAAACUCAACCAAACGGUAUCGAAUUCGAAGGUCGUUAUGCGCAAGUCGGAACUUAUCCAAUUGGUAUCGAACCAAUGCAAUUCGUGGAAGGGUUACAGAAAGAAAAAGUUCAAACUAGGCUUCAAGCUCUGGAGAACAGAUUCAAAGGUUGUAAAGUUAUCAUCGGUGUUGAUAGAUUAGAUUACAUCAAAGGUAUUCCUCAAAAAUUGCAUGCUUUGGAAGUGUUUUUGACUCAGCAUCCAGAAUGGAUCGGUAAGGUUGUACUUGUCCAAUUGGCAAUUCCAUCCCGACAAGAUGUAGAAGAGUAUCAGAAUCUUCGAGCAUGUGUCAAUGAACUUGUUGGAAGAAUCAACGGUCGAUUCGGUACUGUCGAAUUUAUGCCUAUUCACUAUCUUCACAAAUCAGUACCAUUCGAAGAACUCACCGCUAUGUACGCUUUGGCCGAUGCUUGUUUGGUUACCUCAACCAGAGAUGGUAUGAAUUUGGUCGCGUAUGAGUAUAUCUCUUCUCAAUCCAAACGACAUGGUUCUAUGGUUCUCUCAGAAUUCGCAGGUGCUGCUCAGUCUUUGAACGGUAGUAUCCUCAUCAACCCUUGGGAUGUGCAAUCUACCGCUGAUGCUAUACAUCUCGCACUCGAGAUGGGACCUGAACAAAGAGAGUCCAACUGGCAGAAAUUGUUCAGUUAUGUUAGCAAGUACACCGCUGAAGCCUGGGGUGUAUCGUUUGUCAACGAAUUAACUCGAUUAUCUGGAUUACCUCCUGCUGGACCUGCUGGACCCGGCCGAAAAGCUUCUCGUAGUUUAAGUCGAACAAGUUCAAAAGCCAGCAUCAGAAGAAGAGCUAGUCAAGCUAGUGUAAAUGCCCCAACUGCUUAA